AUGGACAAGAGUUGGAUGUGUAAGUCAAGAUUAAGUCAAGAAUAUUUAGAUGGAGUCGAGGGAUUUCUCAAUUUUGCUUUUAAUAAUGCAAGUGAAGACAACAUGAUUGUUUGUCCUUGCAUAAAAUGUGCGAAUGUUAAAUGGAAUGCGCGUGAAGUAGUUCUGGAGCAUUUAAUAUGUGAUGGAAUUCUUCAAGGGUACAAUUGUUGGUUCUUCCAUGGAGAGUGUGUUCCUUCUUCUUCCUCUAAUUCAGCAGGUGCAUUCACAACUUCUUCAAGCUCUACAUAUCUUAAUCAAGCUGUUCAUAGUACGCCAAAUGCCAUGGGGGAGUUGUUACGUGAUGCUUUCAACAUGCAUGCCGUUGUUCACGAGGAUGUUCAGGGUAAUACAUCUGAAUUCACUAAUUUGCAUGAUGAAGGCGAAACCCACGAUGGGGUAAGCUAUGAACAACCUCCUAUAGACGCAGCUAAAUUUUACAAGCUACUUGAAGAUAUGAAUGAAAAACUUUAUGAUGGAUCCAAGCAUUCUAGGUUGUAUUUCUGUAUUCGGUUGUUCCAUCUAAAAUGUAUGUGUGGGAUGACUGGGAAAGGGCUUGACUACUUGAUUGAAUUUUUGAAAGAAUUCUUUCCCGCAGCUACAAUUCCUACAAAUAGUCAUGAGUCUAAGAAAGUCAUUAAAGAUUUAGGGCUAGGGUAUGAAAAAAUUCAUGCUUGCCCUAAUGAUUGCAUGCUCUUUUGUGAUGAUCGAGAAACCCAACAAGCUUGUCAUGUGUGCGGUAGUUCUCGUUGGUUGACCACUGAUUCCAAUCAAUCUUUCAAUGAUGACAUUGAGGUGGUUCGUAAAAGGCCAGCAAAGGUUUUGCGAUAUUUUCCCCUGAUUCCAAGGUUGCAGAGGAUAUUUAUGUCGUCAAAGACUUCUAAUGAUAUGACUUGGCAUGCCGAUGGCCGUACAAAUGAUGGUCGUUUGAGGCACCCAGCUGAUGCUGAGGCAUGGAAAGCUUUUGAUGCAAGAUUCCCAGAUUUUGCAUCUGAUCCGCGCAAUGUUAGGCUCGGAUUAUCAUCUGAUGGCUUUAACCCUUUCAAGGUACUCAGUACUUCUUACAGUACUUGGCCGGUCGUGUUGAUUCCUUACAAUUCACCACCAUGGGUUGGGAUGAAACAAUCUUCCUUUCUAUUAUCCAUGAUUAUACCUGGAGAUAAAGGUCCUGGAAAUGACAUCGAUAUCUACUUACAACCUCUCAUCAAAGAGUUAAAGCAAUUAUGGGUUGGUGUUCAGACGUAUGAUGCGUCAGUAAGAAAGAAUUUCCAUUUACGGGCUGCUUUAUUGUGGACUAUCAAUGAUUUCCCUGCUUAUGCAAAUUUAUCUGGUUGGAGCACUAAAGGAAAAUUCGCUUGCCCUUGUUGCGCCGCACAAACUUGUUCAAGAUGGCUAUCUAAUGGGCAGAAGUUCUGUUUCAUGGGACAUCGGCGGUGGUUAGAACAUCAUCAUCCAUAUAGGUUCCAAAAACAUCUAUUUGAUGGUACUGUAGAGCUGCGUGGAGCUCCUUCAUCUACUUCUGGAUCUGAAAUCUUAUCAAUGUUGAAUGAUGCACAAUACAGUUAUGGAAAAGGAAUGAAGUCAACAUUGAAAAAAUCAAGGAGUGAUGGUGACUCGAGGAAAAGACAUAGGCAAGCUUCCAAUGUUGAAGUAGAUAGCGCCAUGGAGGAGGUAGCGGAGGAAUCACAUGAAGCCGAAUUGUGGAAGAAGAGAAGCAUAUUUUUUGACUUACCUUAUUGGGAGUAUAACCUGCUUAGACAUAACCUUGAUGUGAUGCACAUUGAAAAGAAUGUCUCCGAAAAUAUUAUUGCAACACUCCUCAAUGUUGAAGGGAAGUCAAAGGAUAACUUAAAGUCCAGGAAAGAUUUGGUAGAUAUGGGAAUUCGUUGUGAGCUUCAUCCGGAGUAUCUUCCUAAUGGAAGAACAAGAUUGCCACCUGCUUCAUAUUCCAUGACAAAAAAAGAGAAGGAUGUGUUUUGCCAAGUUUUGAAAAACAUUAAAGUUCCAGAUGGUUAUUCUUCAAAUAUAUCAAGAUGUGUGAAUCAGAAAGAGCGGAAACUUCAAUCUCUAAAAUCACAUGAUCAUCAUAUAUUGCUUCAUGAUUUGCUUCCAAUCGCUCUGCGGUCAUCAUUAACAAAUCGAGUGACUUGUGCCAUUUCAGCAUUUUGUAAUAUAUUCAAAAUCCUUUGUGGUAAGGUUCUUACAGUUGAAGAACUUGACAAACUUCACCGUGACGCAAUUAUAUCUUUAUGUGACUUGGAGAAGAUUUUUCCACCUUCAUUCUUCACUAUAAUGGUGCAUUUGGUUAUUCAUCUUCCAUUGCAAGCCAAACUUGGUGGACCUGUUCAUUAUCGAUGGAUGUACCCUAUAGAACGUGAGUAUAAGAAUAUUUUGAGACAGAAAAUGCGCAACCGUCGUUCAAAUGCUCGUGACAUUGAUUUGCAAUUUACUAAGAAUUUUCAUGAAUGGUUGGCAGAAACUGUUUCUCGUGGAAGAAUUGUGAAUGACGAAAUAAGAAUUCUAGCACAAGGCCCAAACAAAAUUAUUAAGCGAUACAAGGGUUUCAUCAUCAAUGGCUUUCGCUUUCAUACCAAAUCUCGCGAGAGAUUGAGGAGAACUCAAAAUUCUGGAUGUAUUGUUACUUCUUCAACAAUGAGUUAUGCUAGUGCCAGUGAUGGUAAUCCUCUGGAAGGAAAGCUUGAUUAUUAUGGGGUCUUGAAUGAUAUUAUUGAGUUAGAUUAUUUUAACAAGUACAAGAUUGUAUUAUUCCGAUGUGAUUGGGCUGACAUAAGCACUAGUAGAGGGAUCAAGAAAGACAAAUUUGGAUUUACAAUGGUUAAUUUUUCAAGAUUAAUCCAUACUGGUGAAAAUAUACUUGAUGAGCCUUUUGUGUUUUCAUCACAAGUGAAACAAGUUUUUUAUUGUAAAGAUCCCUCUGAAGCUGGCUGGCAUGUUGUCAUUCAAAAUCAACCUAGGGAGGUGUUUGACAUGGGUGAUGAAGUCAUAGAAAAUAGUUCUCGAACUGAAUGCUUUCCUACUAACAAUGAGAGGAUUUCUACUACCAAUGAUGAUGGACAAUGGGUUCGUGAAGAUGUCGACGAGGAUGUUUAUGCAUAUUGA